GGCAUCGAGCCUCAGACCAAAAGCUGACACUCAGACAGCCCACCCAGAGGCAGUUUAACUUUGAGCAAGAGAAAGAAAGAGAGGAACUCAACAACAAGGAAGUAUAGAAUAGAAUCACCAAGUCCCUCAGACCACCACCUACAUCUGCCACGUGCCUUACAAGAUAUUCAUACCUGUUUUAGCCAAAGCAUGGAAGUAUCCGGAAUCUGGCAGAGCAGCAGCCACCUGGGAACUGAGAAGUACCAGAUGUCGGACCUCAACAAGCGCCUGGAGAUGUACCUGAGCAGGGUACAACUCCUCGAAGAGGAGAAUGAGCUUCUACAGAAGGAAGCUGAGAGUCUGAGGAGACGGAGGAGCUGCCAGGCAUGGCGAGGAGAGCUGGAGGCUAAGCUGAGGGAGGCCAGGGAGGAAGUGGAGGUUGCUUGGAAGGAGAAGGACAGGGUGGAGCUGGAGGUAGGCAAUCUUUGUGAGGAGCUACGUACUCUGGAGCUUCAGAGGCAGAGGGAGGUUGCCGCCAGGGCCGAAGCCAGAAAAAGACAUGAUGAAAGUAAGAAAGAGCUGGAGGAGGAGCACAGAAUCCAGAUCUUGCUACAAGAAAAGCUGGUACAGCUGAAGAAAGAGCUGCAGCUCCAAGCAGAGGUACACAAUGAGGACAUCUCCUUCCUGCAAACCAGGCUGAUGCAGGCUCAGCAUGUCCCUGCUCCAGUUGUCACCCAUGUGCUAGACUUUCAGGACCUCAGCCAGGAGUAUUGCCAUAGGGCUACCCAGGCAUGGCAGCAGGCAGCAGAGGCAUAUCAAAGCCAAAUGCAGCAUCUGGAGAGCUCACUGACUCAGGCCAGGUCCCACAUGGCCCAGGUGAUCCAAGAGAAAAAGGAGAGCUACCUGAAGGCUCAAGCCCUGGCCAAGGAGCUUGAGGCAACCCGUGGCAAGAAAGAUGUCCUUGAGAAGAGUAUUUCCCAGCUGAAGGACAAACAGUUCAAGGAGCUCCAGCAUCUUCAGGUCUGUCUGGAAUCCCUGGAGAGGGAGAAGGCAGAGAUGAGUAACCAGACUACUGUUAUCCUGGAAGACAAACAGAACAUGCUGCAGAUGAAGAUGUCUCUGGGCCUAGAGGUUGCCGCAUACAGAGCUCUCCUGGACAGCGAGAGUUUGAGGAUACAUGUGCCUUCAGUAAACCAUUACGCAAGCUCCUGCACUUUUGAUGAAGCACUUAACACUCGAAGUUUGAGGCAAAGCUCUAUUACUCCUGCAACCACCAAGCUUUUGACAAAAGCUGAGAUGAAACCAUCAAAGAUGGUUUUGACUACUCUUCAAGCCCAAGCCACUCCAAAGCAACAGAAAUUUUUGAGUGCUGGUUUGACUAAAAAGGAGCAUAUUGAUUGGUGUAUGGAAACCUCCAAGCCUUUAAGUCAGUCAGCACCUUAUACAAAACAACUGGGGAAUUGGAAGGAGUCAGCUGAACACUUCAGAACAAAGGAUGUCAACAAAAAAGUGAUUCUUGAGGAUGCUGCCUCAGUACAAAUGCCACAAGAAUUAGGAGGAGUCAAGGCUCACAGUACAAAUCAGUCCACCAUGGGGGAUACACAGGUGGGGGUAAUGGGAAAAGAGUGUACAUUGCAUUUAGCUGAAAAAGAGAAAUGCCUAGAUCUUAUGAUGAAAGAAUCAAUCAUGGAACGAGAGAUUGUAAGUGAUCUAAAAAACCAAGUGUCAUCAUACGUACCUCCAGAAACUGAACAGCCCUCCAGAUCCAGAUCAACUAUUGAAAUCCCAGAUACUAUGAUGGCAGACAAACAACAAACAAAGGAAUUUAGGGACAAAGAUGUGGAAGCGUUCUCUGAAAUAACUGCUGAAAAUUACUUUCAGCAAGCUUCAGGGAAGAAACAAAGUUUAGCAGAAAAGCAGGUGAGUCACAUCAAAAAUACAAUCAUGACAUCUGAAUGUGAACCAGAAAAAGGAAAAAACAUGGAUGUAACAGCAAAGGAUGAUCAUUCUAGUUCCACUGACUUCAACAGUGAUGAACAAAUUACAGGUGAAUCUGACUUUCCCUUGAUGGAAGUAAAGGAUCAGUCAUCUCAAGCGGUGGUCUCAAGAAACAAAUCUGAAAAGCUGUUUGAAGAUGACGGUGAGCUAGAAGAGAACAUAAUGAAUGAACUAAAUGAAAUGUCAUUUAAACUAAAGGGAGAAAGCGCAGAGGAUCCAGGAAGUAUUGAAAGCUUUAAGAUGAAAGAGGAAAUUGAAGAGAUUGAAUCAAGGGAGCAGGUGAUGGAUGAAAUGCCACAUCCAGAGCAAGCAGAUUUCUCUGAUGAUGAUGAGAAGGAAAUGUCACAUGCAUCCUACUCCUGGAAAACAGGAGAUCCAGAGAGCAACGAUAGCUACGCUUUGGAUAACACGCUUGCUGACACACGUCCCCUGAUCAGAUAUAAGAGUGAUGAGGCUGACAUGAACACUCAGGCAUCCUACUUAGGUGACAGUGACACUAGUGAAAAUUGUGAUGAAAGAGAACCAGGAGCAGGUUUUUGGGUGGAGGAAAAACGAGUCAGUUUUACUUCCAAAGGUAUGAAUGUGAUGAAGGAGCUCAAUGGGGAGACUGAAGGGAAAGCAAUAGAAAUGGACAGAAAACAACCAUUAAAAGAAGGUGAGAUAAAUGCAGGGCAUGCGCUGGAGAGUGGUGGAGCCAUACAUGACACUGUAAAUGAGAAAAACUUGGCAGGAGACACUGGUCAUCUGGAGUUGGAAGAGGAAGAAAUAUGUGAGAACAAAGUACAAACACUUAGCGAAGAGAAGAUGGAUGAAGGCCAAAUAGAAGAGAGAAGUGGUGCAAUAAAUGAAACUGAUGGAAAUGACAGAAAAAUGGGAGGACAUUUGGACUACCUGGAGUCUGAAGAGCAGGAAAUAUACGAGGGAAAAAAAGAGAUGCUAUUAACUGAAGAGAAGAUGGAUGAAGACCGAGUAGAAGAGGUCACUGGUCCCUUAAAUGAUACUUAUGGAACAAAAACAAAUAUAGAAGGAAACAUGGAUAACCUGAAACUAGAAGACAAAGAAAUACAUGAGGAGAACGAAGAAGGAUCAUUAAAUGAAGAGAAAAUUGAUGAAGGACAAGUAGAAGAGAGUGAUGAUCCCAUAAAUGAGAUCGAAGGAACUAAAAGAAAGAUAGUAGGAAAUGUGGCUCACCUGGGAUUGGAAGAGAAAGAAACAGAGGUGGAGAAUAAACAAAAACAAUUAAACAAUGAAAAGACAGAAGAAGAAAUAGAAGGGGGUGAUGGUCCCAUAAAUGAGACUGAUGGAACAGAGAGAAAUAUAGAAGAAAACAUGGCUCUUCUGGAAUCUGAAGAAGAUGAAAUACAUGAGGACAACAAAGAAACACUACUGAGUGAAGAGAAGAUGAAAGAAGAACAAGUAGAAGGGAGGGAUGGUACCAGAAAUGAGUCUGAUAAAACUGAGCUAAAUAUAGAAGAAAACAUGGAUCACCUGGAGUGUGAAGAAGAGGACAUACAUGAGGAGAGCAAAGAAGAACAAUUAUUCGAAGAGAAGAUGGAUGAAGGAAGCUCAGAAGAGAGUGGUGGUUCCAUAAAUGAGACUGAUGGAACAGAGAGAAAUAUAGAAGAAAUCAUGGCUCUUCUGGAAUCUGAAGGAGAUGAAAUACAUGAGGACAACAAAGAAACAUUACUGAAUGAAGAGAAGAUGAAAGAGGAACAAGUAGAAGGGAGUGAUGGUACCAGAAAUGAGUCUGAUGAAACCGAGAUAAAUAUAGAAGAAAACAUGGAUCACCUGGAGUGUGAAUUAGAGGACAUACAUGAGAAGAGCAAAGAAGAACAAUUAUUUGAAGAGAAGAUGGAUGAAGGAGGCUCAGAAGAGAGUGGUGGUUCCAUAAAUGAGACUGAUGGAACAGAGAGAAAUAUAGAAGAAAUCAUGGCUCUUCUGGAAUCUGAAGGAGAUGAAAUACAUGAGGACAACGAAGAAACACUACUGAAUGAAGAGAAGAUGAAAGAGGAACAAGUAGAAGGGAGGGAUGGUACCAGAAAUGAGUCUGAUAAAACUGAGCUAAAUAUAGAAGAAAACAUGGAUCACCUGGAGUCUGAAGAAGAGGACAUACAUCAUGAGGAGAGCAAAGAAGAACAAUUAUUUGAAGAGAAGAUGGAUGAAGGAGGCUCAGAAGAGAGUGGUGGUCCCAUAAAUGAGACUGACACAAGUGAAAGAUUUAUAGAAGAAAACAUGGGUCUCCUAGUGUCUGAAAGGGAUGAAAUGCAUAAAGAGAGCAAAGAAACACUAUUGAAUGAAGAGAAAAUGAAAGAGGAACAAGUAGAAGGGAGUGAUGGUACCAUAAAUGAAUCUGAUGAAACAGAGACAAAUAAAGAAGAAAACAUAGAUCACCCGGAGUCUGAAGAGAAGGACAUACAUGAGGAAAACAAAGAAAAACUAUCUGAAGAAAAGAUGGAUGAAGGAAUUGCAGAAGAGAGUGGUGGUCCCAUAAAUGAGACUGAUAGAAGUGAUAGAAAUAUAGAAGGAAACAUGGGUCCACUGGUGUCUGAAGAAGAGGAAAUAAAUGAGGGAAACAAAGAAGAGCCAUUCAAUGAAGGGACAAUGGAUGAAGAACAAGUAGAAGAGUGUGGGAAUCCCAUAAACAACACUGAAAAAAAUGAGAGAAACAUGGAAGGGGAUACAGAUAUCCUGGAGUCUGCUGAAGAGGAAAUACAUGAGGAAAAGAAAGAAGAACCAUUAAUUGAAAAGAAGAUAGUGGAAGGACAAGGAGUAGAGUAUUGUGGAGUCAGAGAUGAUACAACUGUUGGAACUACAAUAAAUUCAGAACAAGAAAUGCAUAUUCCGGAAUCUGAAGAGAAAGAAAUACAUGACAACAGAGAAAAACCAUUAAAUGAUGAGAUGAAUGAAGGCCAAGUAGAAUGGACUGCUGGUCCUUCAAGUGAUGAGACUGAUGGAAAUAUGACAAACUUGGAAGGAGACAAAUGCAACCUGGAGUCAGCAUUUGACCUGAUACAAGAUCACAACAGAGAAUCAUUAAAUGAAGAGAAGACUGAUAAAGUAAAAGCAGAAGAGAGUGGUUGUCCCAUAAAUGAGGCUGAUGGAAAUUAUGCAAACUGGGAAGGAGACAUGGGUCCCUUUGAGUGUGAAGGAGAAGCAAUACAAAAUGAGAUCAAGAAAGAGUCUUUAAAUGGAAAGAAGACAGAUGUAAGCCAAGCUGAGAAGCAAAGUAAUCCUGUUAAUGAUGUUCUUCGUGGAAACGAGAAAAACCAGGAAGACAUGGAUUACCUGAAGUCAGAAGGAGUAGAAUCACAACAGAAGGACAUACAAGAACAUUUAAAUGAAGAGAUCAUGGAUGCAAGUCGUUCAGAGGGAAAUGCUGCGCUAACAUUUUAUGAAAUAAAUGGCAACAAAAUAAACCUCAAGGAAGACAAAACUCACCAGGAGUCUGAACAAGACGCUUUGCAGGGAGAAGAUCAUAAAGAACUACCAGACAAGGAGGAAAUGGGUGCUGGAGAAUUUCAUGAAGCAGAAGAAAGUAUAGGAGUCAAAAGUGAGGAGAUGGAUGAAAAUGAAAGAAACCUGGAUGAAAGUACAAGUAAGACAAAUUUAGACACCAAACAAGAUAUGGAGAGAAUGAAGGAGUUUGAAACUGUGACACAUAUUAAUGUGGACACUGAUUUAUUCCUCCUCAGUAACAUUAGUAGAUUCUCCAAAGAAGAGGUUGUAUUGCUGAAAGAUAUCAAAAGUGGAGAAGAAACAGAUCAGGUUAGUCCUGUUAAUAGAGACAGCCCAGAGAGUCCAUCCCACCCUGAGAACUUUGCAAUCUUGUUACCAUUAUCAUCAUCUGUGGGGGAAUCUGCUGAAUCAAAUGAAGAGUCAUUUAUCAAUGAAAGUGUACAGGAGAUAAAUGAAACAUCAUUAGCACAAACCAUGACCUUGAGUGAGGAAUGUAGUGAAAAAAUGUCUACCAAAAAGGAGGAGGAUGGACAAAAUCUGUCUAUGCUGACUAAUGUGGAUUUCACAGAAGAUCCUUCUGGGCAAAGUGAGCUCAUUAGCAACCUUGAAAGCGAGGAGAUCAUUGUCAACUCUGACUUAGAUGAUUCAUACAGUUCUGAUAAUGACUCACCUAAUAACAGCCAAUUCUUACAACUCAUGAACCAAGUCUCAGCACAUCACAAGGAGAAAGAAGCUGCACCGAGUUUAAAUACUUCUGGAGUGACAGAAGAGACACAGGUGCAUUCCCCUGAAGCAUUCAGCAACAAUUUAGAAAAUUCAAGGAGUAUCAGUGGGCUGUUCCAUCAGCAACCAUGUGGAAUUCAAGAGGGUGAAAACGAAGAGCUGCAGGAGCCUGUUGAAUUUGAGCAAACUUUGAAAAACAGAACUGGAUUUUGUGAAUCAUUUUUGUGUGUCAAAGAAGAAAGUGAAGAACUUGCAGCUUCAGAACAGUGGGAGAAUGCUGAAGAGUCUACCAAAGACCAUUCUAACACAAUCGUGAAAGAGAAUGAGAUCUUCACAGUCAAAGGACCUGAUGCACUGCUCCCAUCCAAUGGAAAAUGUGCAGACCUUCACAGCUUCUUCAGUGAAAAUUUGAAUGAAGAUGUCUGGAAUUCAAUGAAGUGGACAGGAGCCUCUUAUGUGCCAAAGGAGAGCGAGACCUCAGACCAUAUGAACACUGAAACUAAUUUCCCCUUUGGGGUGACCUGGGAAGAUACCGAAAAAGAGUUCACCAAGGAGGCUGUUAAGCAAAUCAAGGUCCACAGUUUAGAAGAGCAAGAGUCAACAUCUGCCCACGUCAAGAAACACUUGAGCAAGAACAUGGAAGAAGACAAGGGCCAUUCUGGAGACUCUCUGGAGGACAGAGAUUCCUGGUCAUCUGGAGAAGAUUAAAAAAUGGGUGAGUUAAGGUCAAAGAGCAGCCAAGAAGAUUUCCUGCUGCCUUCCCCAAUUGCUUCUCUCUAAGACACUGAAACCCCUUAAGGAUCACUGAAGGUUCCUGGGUCCUGAGAAAUAACAGCAGAGAACCAUAAUCCAAAUAAGGCAAAAACCAUACAUUUGCAUAACAAGAUACAAUACUCCAGUAUAUUUAUAAGUACAAUUUAAAUGAGAAUUGUGUGACCAAACCAAAAGUACAUAAAAAAUAUAUUGCACUGAUAUUUCUAUUAACUUUUUAAAAUUAUUUAAAAACAUAAUUUCCAUUCCAAUACCAUAAUAACACUAAGCCUCCUAAUUUACACCAUUUACACCAAGUGCCUCUGCAACUUUUACCACCACUAUAGACCUCUAGCUAUUCUGUAAAUGGAGCUUUAGGAGAGUAUUUCAAAGACAGCUCAAUGUCAAGACCAAAGGAGGAAAAUACGAGACAUGGUGGAACAUUCAAAGUUAUUGAUUUCUACCCAAUCACCCACUCUGUAUUGUCUGUAUUGAUGACCCAAAUGUGAGCUAUUGGCUUUUCCUCUUUCUUAUGAAUAGGUACUAUGAAGCAUCUCCAGCAAAAUCUAAGAUAGAAAAUGUAAUAACUGUAAUGAAUGACUAUGAACAAAAUAUAAAGAAUAAGAAACAGUACAGCAAGAUGAUAUUUUACAGAAGCAGUUCACUGAAGGAAACUAUAAUUUUAGCUGCCUAAUACUUCUCAAGAUCUUUACUCAUUUGUGUGUGAAUGAAGAACUUUUCAGAUUCCAUCAC